AUUCCAAUCUUUCGGACAAGGUUUUUAAAGCCUUUAACCAAUCGAAAAAGCAAUCCACUGUUGCUUUCUGCACUGACAAGUUAAAUCUGGAAGUUGAAGUCGCCUUACUGUUUCGUCAAUGGAGGAACAAGACCCACAUCACAGAUGUCUCUCUGUUGAAAUUCGAUGAAUUCGAUGCUCUUUUCCCAAAAGGAUUUGAGCUUGUUUCCACAUCCAGUUUUCUGAUCCCCAGAGCUUUGCAAUGUCAAGAAACAUUGUCUCCUCUGUGAAUUCUUCUUUUCUACCUUCAAAUCAUUCCGGGGUACCCUCUCGUUCUGCUAGAUUUUUUAUUCCAAGCAGAAAGAGUUUGGGUUAUUGUUCUGGGGAAAGAAAGAUCGUUUGCGCUUGUACGGCCCCUCCAAGGAACUGUCCUGAUGGAUUUUCUGCAGUCAGGUUUAAUGAUCCAUCCCGCAAGGAUAACGAUUCAUCCAGCGUGGAGAAAUUGAGUGUGACUAGAGACGUUGAGGAUGACUCUGAUGUCCUUAUUGAAUGUAGGGAUGUUUUCAAGUCAUUUGGGGAGAAGCACAUCUUGAGAGGUGUCAGCUUUAAGAUUAGACAUGGAGAAGCUGUUGGAAUAAUUGGCCCUUCAGGCACUGGGAAGUCUACGGUGCUGAAGAUUAUGGCAGGUCUCCUUGCUCCUGAUGAGGGGGAGGUUUUGAUUCGGGGAAGAGAGAGAAAUGGUUUGAUCAGUGAUGAGGAAAUAUCUGGCCUCCGGAUUGGCUUGGUAUUCCAGAGUGCAGCACUUUUUGAUUCUUUAACUGUUCGUGAAAAUGUUGGUUUCCGUUUGUAUGAAAAUUCUAGCAUGUCUGAGGAUCAAAUAUCAAAGCUUGUGACUGAAAACCUGGCUGCUGUGGGCUUGAAGGGAGUUGAGGAUCGUUUGCCUUCUGAGUUGUCUGGUGGAAUGAAGAAACGAGUGGCAUUAGCUCGAUCUAUAAUUUUUGACAACACAAAUGAGGCAAUAGAACCAGAGGUGGUGUUGUAUGAUGAACCUACUGCUGGACUUGAUCCAAUUGCAUCUACUGUGGUUGAAGAUCUCAUCCGCUCUGUCCACAUGAAAGAUCAAGAUGCAGAGGGGAAACCGGGGAACAUUGCAUCCUAUGUGGUUGUCACUCACCAACACAGUACCAUAAGAAGGGCUGUUGACAGGCUAUUGUUUCUCUAUGAGGGGAAAAUCGUCUGGCAAGGGACGGCUCAAGAAUUCACCACAUCAACAGAUCCAAUUGUUAGACAGUUUGCAUCGGGAAGCUUGGAUGGGCCGAUUAAGUACUUGUGACAGGUAUUUUUGGUGUCCAUGCAAUUUGUAGCAAUCACUGCUCAUAACUGCUGGGAUGCCAAUGUACAUGAAUUCAAUUGUUAAAAGGAGGUCAGAUGGCUGUUUUUGUGCCUAUGCUGAAUUUGCUGCACUCCCAAGCAUAAACAUUUUCAAGGCAUCAUCGAGCCAAAGUAUGAAGUUCAUGUUCAUGACUUUUAGAAGGAUUAUAUUCAAGCGGUGCCAGACCCAACUUGAUGGAUAUAAAGUUAUAAACUGCAUGGUUA